CCUCUUUCCCCACCCUCCCCACCCCCACAAGGACGACAGGGGCGCCGCUCCCCACGACAGGCGCAGGUCCCACCCCCACGCCCUCGCCCCCCUGCUCCCCGGGACGGCGCUGGUCGCGGCGAUCACAUCCUUUGUCCGAUCGCCCCUGGUCCUGCCGCAGGGGCCUCCCCACCGCGGGCUUCGGGCUUUCCCUUGUGGCCUGUCGCCCGCGGGCGCAGGCAGGGCUGUUGCCCCUGCCGAAGGGCCUGGGCUCGGGGUCUUGACACUCCCCUCCCAGUCCCACUGUCCGAACAAGCGGAACUGAGUCUGCAGCCCCUCGGCAGCUCCGUGACGCAGCCAGUUUUAUUUUUGUUUUGAGACUACCGGCUAAAAGUCGCUUUGAGCCUUCUUUCCAGGACUGGAAGUGGUCUGUGAUCGCUGAGAGACAGAGCAAGGGCGCUGGGCCUGGCACGGCCACGGCCGCAGCCAGCCGAGGCUCGGUGUGCCUUUCCGGGAUCCCUGCGCUGCCUUCCGCUGCUUCUCGUCGUCUCGGUUUGGUUUGGUCGGGGUGCCCGGGGCCCUGGUAAAGCCAGACACCGAAUGGCUCUUCCAUAGCCGGAGUUACUGUGAUUUGCCUCCUGUCCCCCGUGAGAGGGAGGCGGGCAGCCCGGGGCUCUCAGCAUCUGGGAUUGGGAGAAGCAUGUGCUGCUGGAAGGCUCCAUCAGCUGCCGUGCGCCCCUGAGCGGCUCUCCCGGCCGGUGCCCUCAUCUGCUCCCCUCCUUUGGUGGCCAGGACGUCUGCGGGCCAUGCCAGUGGCUCCUGACCACUCCUGACUGGGAGGAGGGGCCCCUCCAGCCCUGUGUUUCCUCAACACGGGGGAGUGGAGUAGAAGGAGGCCCCGAUCCAGCACCCCUUCAGUGAACUGAGUGAGAAAUGUGCCCCCAGCCUGGCGCUCUUCGGGCAAGGCCUGCUGAGGAGGCUCCUCUAGCAGGGGCCCCGGUUCUGACGAGUCACGGGCUUUUCCUCUCUUCAUCAGUGGUUGCUGGCGCUUGACUUAGUCUGCAGAAGUGUGUAGUCCUCCUUUUCCAGUCAGACUUUGCAGGGUUGAACUUCAUUUCCUCCUCUUUCCACUGGAAGACGGGCCAUAAGCCAUUAAUGAGUGAAAUUGAUUCUAAUAUUACCAUUUGGACCGAGGGUUAGAUCUGGCACUUGGGUGACGGAAGAUCAGGCAGUCAGGAUUGUGAAGACCGGCCAGUCCAGCUUCCUGGGGAUGCUGGGCCUGGACGUGAACACGCCUCACUCCGUGGCCAACCUCACUGGCCGCAGGUGUCCUGGUUAAAGCUGCAGGCCCACUCCUGGCCUGGCGCCCAUCAGCCCACGGAUCGGUCCUCAAGGCUGUGCCCUCCAGGGCGCGCACACGGCAGGGCCCGCCACCAUGCGCCUGAGCUCCCUGUUGGCCCUGCUGCGCCCAGCACUGCCCCUCAUCCUGGGGCUGUCCCUGGGGUGCAGCCUGAGCCUCUUGCGGGUUUCCUGGAUCCAAGGCGAGGGAGAAGACCCCUGUGUAGAGGCUGUGGGGGAACCCGGAGGGCCGCAGAAUCCCGACUCCAGAACUCGGCUGGACCAGAGCGAUGAAGACUUCAAGCCCCGCAUUGUCCCCUACUACAGGGACCCCAACAAGCCUUACAAGAAGGUGCUCAGGACCCGAUACAUCCAGACAGAGCUGGGCUCUCGGGAGCGGUUGCUGGUGGCAGUCCUGACUUCCCGGGCCACGCUGUCCACUUUGGCCGUGGCCGUGAACCGCACGGUGGCCCACCACUUCCCUCGGUUGCUCUACUUCACUGGGCAGCGAGGGACCCGGGCUCCAGCGGGGAUGCAGGUGGUAUCACACGGGGACGAGCGCCCGGCCUGGCUCAUGUCCGAGACCCUGCGCCACCUUCACACGCACUUCGGGGCCGACUACGACUGGUUCUUCAUCAUGCAGGACGACACGUACGUGCAGGCCCCCCGCCUGGCAGCCCUCGCCGGCCACCUCAGCAUCAACCAGGACCUGUACCUGGGCCGGGCAGAGGAGUUCAUUGGCGCCGGCGAGCAGGCCCGCUACUGCCACGGCGGCUUUGGCUACCUGUUGUCGCGGAGCCUCCUGCUUCGGCUGCGGCCACAUCUGGACGGCUGCCGGGGGGACAUCCUCAGCGCCCGUCCCGACGAGUGGCUCGGCCGCUGCCUCAUCGACUCCCUGGGUGUCGGCUGUGUCUCGCAGCACCAGGGGCAGCAGUACCGCUCGUUUGAACUGGCCAAAAACAGAGACCCCGAGAAGGAGGGGAGCCCGGCUUUCCUGAGCGCCUUCGCAGUGCACCCCGUCUCCGAGGGGACCCUCAUGUACCGGCUGCACAAGCGCUUCAGCGCACUGGAGCUGGAGCGCGUGUACAGUGAGAUAGAGCAACUGCAGGCUCAGAUCCGGAACCUGACCGCGCUGACCCCCGAGGGGGAGGCCGGGCUGAGCUGGCCCGUGGGGCUGCCGGCCCCGUUCACGCCGCGCUCUCGGUUUGAGGUGCUGGGCUGGGACUACUUUACAGAGCAGCACAUCUUCUCGUGCGCGGACGGGGCGCCCAAGUGCCCGCUGCAAGGGGCCAGCCGCGCGGACGUGGGCGACGCGGUGGAGACGGCUCUGGAGCAGCUGAAUCGGCGCUACCAGCCUCGCCUGCGCUUCCAGAAGCAGCGGCUGCUCAACGGCUACCGGCGCUUCGACCCCGCGCGGGGCAUGGAGUACACGCUGGACCUGCUGCUGGAGGCCGUGACGCAGCGCGGGCACCGGCGCGCGCUGGCCCGCAGGGUCAGCCUGCUGCGGCCGCUGAGCCGCGUGGAGAUCCUGCCGAUGCCCUACGUCACCGAGGCCACCCGCGUGCAGCUGGUGCUGCCCCUUCUGGUGGCCGAGGCCGCCGCAGCCCCCGCUUUCCUCGAGGCCUUCGCAGCCGGCGUCCUGGAGCCGCGGGAGCACGCGCUGCUCACCCUGUUGCUGGUCUACGGGCCGCGGGAGGGCGGCCGAGGGGCCCUGGACCCGUUUCUCGGGGUGAAGUCCGCGGCGGCCGAGCUGGAGCGGCGGUACCCGGGGACGAGGCUGGCCUGGCUCGCGGUGCGGGCCGACGCCCCUUCCCAGGUGCGGCUCAUGGACGUGGUGUCUAAGAAGCACCCGGUAGACACGCUUUUCUUCCUCACCACGGUGUGGACCCGGCCCGCGGCCGAGGUGCUCAACCGCUGCCGCAUGAACGCCAUCUCCGGCUGGCAGGCCUUCUUUCCCGUGCACUUCCAGGAGUUCCACCCCGCCCUGGCACCGCAGAGGUCCGCCCCGGGACCCGCGGGGGCUGGCCCCGACCCCCCAUCCCCUCCGGGCGCCGACCCCGCCCGGGGGGCUCCCGGCGGAGGCCGGUUCGACCGCCAGGCGUCCGCGGAGGGCUGCUUCUACAACGCCGACUACCUGGCGGCCCGCGCGCGGCUGGCUGCGGAACUGGCGGGCCAGGAAGAGGAGGAAGCCCUGGAGGGGCUGGAGGUGAUGGAUGUGUUCCUCCGGUUCUCAGGGCUCCACCUCUUCCGGGCCGUGGAGCCAGGGCUGGUGCAGAAGUUCUCCCUGCGCGACUGCAGCCCCCGGCUCAGCGAGGAACUCUACCACCGCUGCCGCCUGAGCAACCUGGAGGGGCUGGCGGGCCGCGCGCAGCUCGCGGUGGCGCUGUUCGAGCAGGAGCAGGGCAACAGCACCUAGCGCCCCGGCGCGGGGGCGGGGGGCCCCUUCCGCCUCAGCCCGCGGAGGGCGCGGCGAGACGGACGGACAGAUGGAGAGCUCGUGGCUGUAUUUUUUUUUUUUAAUAAGAAAACGUGAUUAAAAGUGUCUUCUGCCGAA